AUGUCUGAGGAGAGGAAGAAGAGUAAGGUAACCGUCGAAGAAGUAGUUACAGAGCACAGUUCAAUGAAGAAGGAGAAGAAGAAGAAGAAGGAGAAAAACCGAGAAAUUGAGGAUAGUUUUGCCGGAGAAGAUGGAGAGAAAGCUGCGCGUGAGAUAGAGAAAUUGGGCGUUGAGGCUAAGAAGAAAUCGGAGAAGAAAAGAGUCAAUUCAGAAGCUGAGGAUGAUGCUAAAAAAUUGAAGAAGAAGAAAAACAAAGAGAAAUGUGUUGAUUUUGAGGCUGAUGAUAAUGGUGUAAAGAAAUCUAAGAAGAAAAAUGAAGAUAAAAAGGCCGAUUCUGAAAUUGAUGAUGCUGUGAAGAAAUCGAAGAAGAAAAAUGAAGAGUCAGGGACCGAUUCUGCAGCUGAUGAUGCUGUGAAGAAAUCGAAGAAGAAAAAUGCCGAUUCUGAAACUGAGGAUGUUGUGAAGCAAUCGAAGAAGAAGAAGAAAAGCAAGAGGGAAUCUGGUGGUGAUGAGAUAGGAAACAGUGAAAGCUCCAAAGUUGACGAGGGCACUGAUGAUGCUAAGACGAAAACGGGAAAGAGAAAGCGUGAUGAUAACGACUUGGGAGCUGAAGAAAACACCGAGAGCUCCAACAAGGAGAUGAAGAGGAAACGUAAAAAGAAGAAGUCAAGUGUGGAUUUAGAAGAUGAAGAACACAGCUUUAGCUCUGCAAAGACGAAAAGCAAGGAGAAGCAGUCAAGUGUGGAUUCAGAGGUUGAAGGAAACAGCUUGAGCUCUACUAAUGAUGCAGAGACGAAACAAACUGAGAAUUCCGAGGCUGAAGAAAGCAGCUUCAACUCUACCAAAGAUGCAAAGAAGAAAGGGAAGAAGAUGAAGAAGCAGAGUGAAGGUUUAGAGCCUGAAGAUAACAACAGUGACGCUACGGAAGUUGCAAAGAAGAAAGGAAAGAAGAAGCAGAGUGAGGCUAAAGAAAACAACAAUGGUGGUGGAACUAAAGAAGCAAAGAAGAAACGGAAGAAGCAAAAUUCCACAGAGAGUGAAAAAGACGUGCCAACAACACCAUCAAGCAAAAGCGCAAAAAAGGUGAAAUUUUCUGAUCAAGUUGAAGUUUUUCCUGCUGAGGACAAAGAAACCGAAGACGAAGAAGAAGAAGCUGAGGUGGUGAGAGGUAAGCGGUUUACAAAGGAAGAAGAUGAGCUGAUAAGGAAAGCUGUAUUAGACUACAUUGACAACCAUGCUUUAGGAGACGACGGUUUAGACAUGAUCUUGGAGUGCAAAUCACACCCACAAGUCAAAGGCUGUUGGAAAGAAAUCACAGCUGCUUUACCUUGGAGGGCAUACAAUGGCGUGUACAACCGUGCUCAUACCAUCUUCGAAGCAGGAUCAUCCAAAGGGAUAUGGACUAAAGAGGAUCUCGAGCUCGUUGUAGAGUAUCAGAAGAAGCACGGGAAUGAUUGGAGAGCGCUUGCGGAUGCGAUGGGGAAGAACAGGAAGCAUGUGAAAGACGCGUGGAGGAGGAUAAGACUGACUUCGAGGAACAAAGGACAUUGGUCGAGGGAAGAGUAUCAGAGUCUCUUUGAUCUUGUCAACACUGACUUGAGAAUGAAGGCGUUUCAUGAGAAGCACUCGAAACAUGGGAUGCUCAGAGAUAACAUCCCUUGGAUGGCGAUAAGCGACCGGCUUGGAACGAGGACUCACGUUGAUAGCUGCACGAAGUGGUACGAUAAGCUGAUGUCGCCGAUGGUGGCGGAGGGAGUAUGGGCUAACGUGGAUGAUUAUAGGCUCUUGGACGAGCUUACGAGCCUGGACGCUGCUUGUAUUGAUGAUGUGGAUUGGGAUACGCUUUUGGAGAAUCGAGAUGGGGAGGCUUGUAGGAAGCGGUGGAACCAGAUGGUGCAUCAGAUUGGUUUGCCGGGAGCCAAGACGUUUGCGGAGCAAGUUGAGAUCUUGUCUCAGAGGUAUUGUCCUGAGUUGGCUGAGGAUAGAGAGGAUUUCGACAAUAGACCUUUUGAUCCUGAAGAUUAA